CUUCCAACACAGCAGAUAUCGCGAGAGGUGGGAAUCUCGUGAGAGGCCGCUUGGUAGUCAGCGGGAGGGGACGUGGUGUGAGGCGGGCUUUCCAGCAUUAUGCCAUCCGCCUUCUCGGCUCGCUCCUUCCCUGUCAGCAUCCCAGCCGUCCUCUCGCAGACAGACUGGACUGAACCGUGGCUUGUGGGACUGGUUAUCUUCCAUGUGCUGUGUCUGAUGAUCACUUGCUUCUCAUCCCAGAGGUACCAGCUGCAGGUGGGGCAUUUCCUGUGUCUAGUUGUCCUCGUUUUCUGUGCUGAGUAUAUCAAUGAAGUGGCAGCCAUGAACUGGAGGCUGUUUUCGAGGUACCAGUACUUCGACUCGAGGGGCAUGUUCAUCUCCGUCGUGUUCUCAGCGCCACUGCUGCUCAAUGCCAUGGUCAUCGUGGUGCUGUGGGUGCGCAGGACCCUGACAGCAAUGGCUGAUCUGAAGAGCUUGCAAGCCCGGCGCCGUGCACGGUCCAGGUGCAAGGAGGACUGAUGCCUGGUGCCUGCACAGCCACUGGCACGUCUGGAGGCCUUGUUGGCUGGCAGGCAGUGCUGGAGGGCCUGGGGGGCUGGGGACAGGUGCCGCUUGUAAUAAAGUAUCAUGUGCAUCCC